CAGAAGGCGGCACUUCAUGGCCAGGACAAGUCAAAAUAUUAUUCGCGGUUGUCAGGUUUACAGUGGAUGGUCGUAAUUUCUUUUAGUGCAGGUGCAUUUCGGCCCUCACCAGUUCAGAAUAGAAUAUGAGGCUAUUAUUUUUGUUUCCUUGGACAGAGUUUUAGCCCUAAACGCAUUAGCAAACUGAUAAAGAGCCAGUGGGUGCCAAGCGGAAAGGAACAAUCGGGCGCCGGCCGAAUUUGCGUUGAAACGUUCAAUAAUGGAGAAUGGAAUGAUGAACGGAGACCAUGAUCGAUCCCGCUCUCCUUCUCCCGGCCUCGUUCGAUCAAACUCUCGAAACGCGUCUUCUAAAGAAAUAAACCGAACAUCGUUGCUGAGAAGAAACCAAAGUCUUAGCGCGAAACAAAUUCGCUUUUACCGGAAUGGAGAUCGAUUUUUUUGUGGGCUUAAACUGGCUGUAUCGCCCGAACGGUAUAAAGAAUUCGACGCUUUACUGGCCGAGCUUUCAAACAAGCUGGAACUUUCCACAGGGGCUGUGCGCUAUAUUUUCAACGCCGAAACGGGCCAAAUGAUCACAGAUGUAAACGAACUACAAUACGGCGCUAGUUAUGUUUGCUCUUCGACCAAUGUAUUCAAAGAAGUCGAUGCUGGCUAUGGAAACAUGAAACCGUCGUGGUCGCUCGCUCACCACAAGAAAGAAGCGCCACCAACAUCAUCGUCAGUUCAUCUGAUCGACGGUACUCGCGAUUUCAUCAAACCGAAAUUGGUGACAGUAAUAAAGAACGGAAAACCCCCACAGAAGAAAGUCACCAUGCUACUAAACGCGAAAACAGCAAUUAACCUAGAGCAAGUUUUGGAUCAUUUGUCCUCCAAGGGAACACUUGGCAAAGUGGACAAGUUGCAUACAGUUGAUGGUAAACAGAUUAGGGAACUGAGACACCUGUUUGGUGAUGACACAAUGUUUGUUGCCCUCCAAAGUAAUGAAAAGUUCCCAGAUGAAGGAUUUGAUGUUGAUGUGCAAAGUUAUAAGAUUACUCCAUAUAGAGAUCUCAAGAGGCCUGCUGGCCUGAAAAGGUCAUCUUCACUACGAACCCCACGUGGAAGGCGAGACAGUGGCUCUAAUGAUACUGGCGGUAGCCACACUCCCUCUCGUGAUCGUCAGGUGCGACGGUCCGCAUCAGUUAAGAGUGCUGGUAAAGAACGAGGAAUGAGUCCUGGACCACCAGCUAGGGUGAAUGGACACAGCCCAAGAGCAACUAGUGCCAAGUCUCCUAAUGGAUCUUCUGGAAGAAGGACUCCAAACAGUUCUUAUGCCCACCCUAAUGAGGAACUGUAUCCAGCUCAUGUCUUUGAGAAGGAAUCACCCGAUUCAGUUACAGCUAAAGAUCCCAAGAAAACUAAAAGAGAAAGAAUAUCAGUGCAUGGCUUCUACAGAAUAGGAAAAGUUAUAGGAGAUGGGAAUUUUGCUGUUGUAAGGGAAUGUAAAAAUAGGAAAACUAAUAAGGAAUAUGCAUUGAAGAUUAUUAGCAAAGCUAAAGUAAAGGGAAAGGAACAUAUGGUUGAAAAUGAAAUUAGUAUAUUAAGAAGAGUGAAACAUAAAAAUAUUGUGGAACUUAUUGAAGAGUAUGAAACUCCUAAAGAAAUAUUCCUUGUUAUGGAACUAGUUAAGGGAGGAGAUCUUUUUGAAGCAAUAGUAAAGGCCACCAAGUACACAGAGAAAGAUGCCAGCCAUAUGGUGCGCGACUUGGCAGCAGCACUGCAUUAUCUACAUUCCAUGAAUGUUGUACAUAGAGAUAUUAAACCAGAAAAUUUAUUAGUUGUAAAUUAUUCAGAUAAUAGAAAAUCCUUGAAGCUAGCAGAUUUUGGAUUAGCUACUGAAGUGAAAAGCCCCAUGUUCCUUGUUUGUGGAACACCAACUUAUGUUGCACCUGAAAUCCUGGAUGAAACAGGAUAUGGUCUGAAAGUUGAUAUUUGGGCAGCAGGAGUUAUCACUUAUAUUCUUCUUUGUGGAUUUCCACCAUUCAGAAGUCCAGACCAGGAUGAACUGUUUGACUUGAUUCUUGCUGGAGAAUUUGAAUACCUGUCACCCUUUUGGGAUGACAUAUCAGAUUCAGCAAAGGAUCUUAUAAACCACAUGCUUGUUGUUGAUGACAAUAAAAGAUUCUCUGCUCUCCAAGUUUUAAAUCACUCAUGGAUAAAGGGUCAUACAACAGGAGAUAAGGACAUUCAUAAUAAUCUGAAAAUGGAAAUUACAAGAAAUUUUGAUCCAAGAAGAAGACUAAGAGGAGCUGCCAUCGCUGUACAAACGGUUAAUGCCCUAGAGAAACUCAGCAAAUCUCUACAAGAUGGGAGGAAACUUGCGGUUGGUGAGAGUUACCAGGACUUGUCACCAGCAGUCAAGGAAAAUCACCCUGUUCAUCAUCGCUAUCCAGAUAGAUGCAGCUCACAUGCGAAACAAAGACCAAAGAGCUUAAAUUUUGAGAUCUUUUUCAGUGAACAGGAGGAAAUAAAUAGAACUGAUGAUGAAAAGAUUGAGAAUUUAAAUGGAGAAUUUAUCAAAGACGAAGCUGUAAUUCAGUAUCAUGCAGAGUCCUCAAAUCUAUCACAGGAAGAGGAAAAAGAAUAAUUUAAUCAUGAAGUUGUGAAGAGUGAGAGACCAGAAAGCAGCUCUAUAAAAUGUACAAAAAGCUUUGUAGAAGGAUGGCAGAAAGGUAGAUAAAGCUGAGUUUCCCUCAAGAUAAUGUACCAUCUAAAAUAAUAUCAGAGACUUAAACUGAGCAUUGCACAGGGUAGCCAAUGUAGUUUGUGUGUAACCUGAUGGCUUGUUGGCAAUAUGACAGAGUGCCUUUUGUACGCUCAAGUCUUGGUGCAAAGAUGUCUGUAUUAAGAAAAGCAAGUUAAAGGAAGUUGGAUAGCAAUGGCAGUGCUACUUUUUUUCUUCUUACAGUAAGAAAGUACUGUAUUUGACCCUGAACAGGGAAACAUGAAUUUCUUUAACUCUUAGUGCUCUUUUUGGUCAGAAUUAGCAGGGGAAUAUCUUUUAGCAGAGGAUAGAAAUUAAAUCUGUAAAGUUUUUAUCUCUCUGCUCAUUAAACCUGUUGUUACUGCAUUCAUGGUUUCUUAAAUUUCUUAGUGAUACCAUUGUGGAUACUGCUCUGUUGUACUCAAUACCUCUCACUACUAAUAAAGGGGGUAAGUUUCUAAAGAAACUGUGGUGCAGCAAGAGUAUAGCAGGUAAUUUAGUUUUAAAUUGAGUUGAAAACGUAAAUUGGCCACCUAUCGCUCUUACGAAGGGCUCGAAACGUCAGUUUUUUUACUCUUUACGGUGGCCAAUAUACGUUUUCAACUCAGUUAACACUAACUUACCUCACUACUAGUUAGUAAUUUUCUAAUUUCUUGAAAAUUUGUGAUAAUUGCAACAGACUUGUAGAUGAAGAGCUUUUAUUUAUAUGUAUAAGUAUGAAACCUACCAAGGUUGUAAAUGUUUUGAGGAGUAACUGUACAAAGUGGAUAAUGUGAAUGUUAUUUUUGUACAGAAAACUACUUUCAAUGACUAAGCCAGAAAUUAUGUCACAUGUUGUAUUCAACAGUCAAUGAUGAAAGUGAUAUCCAUGGACAUAAGAAGGAAUUCUUUGACCUUCAAUUUGACGUUAUUUGACAAGAUAGUCUUGAAAUUGUCAUGUGAUAAGAAAAUAGUAUAAGAAGGGAGAGAUUCAUGUAUUUAAUUGUGGAUAAAAAUUAUUGAAUAAGUUGUCAAUAUUGAGAGUGCUGCUAAGCAGAAUAAUAUGAUCUUAACUAAAGGUGAUUUGCCUGAGAAAAUGCAAAUUGAAUAAAGGCUAUUUUAUUUUCAUUUGAA